GAUUGUUGAACGGGAAGAGGAGAUACACCUCUAUUUUCACGAAUAUAUUCACAGAGCAAAGACAUCGAUGUAUUGAUUAAAGCCAAAAAUCUUUUAAUCAAUGAAGUUAAACCCGUAAUCAUGAUAUCAAGACGAACCCAACUUCUCAUUUGAGGCAAUCCCGACGAAUUCGACUUCUCAUUAAUCGAGGCGAGAACCAACGAACCCGACUUCUCGUUCAAGGCGAGACCAAUAAACUCAACGUGUCUUUCGAGACCAAUGAACCUUGACGUAUGUUUUGAGAUGAUGAAUGAACUACGUUAGACUUGAUCCCGCGACGGGUACGUAUGCAACUCGAUUUCAAGUUCAGUCACGUUCCUUCUCUCUCCCAAUAUUUCUAUGCUAUUCGGCAUACGAUAAAGUCCAUUUUUGUCGACUCGGACCUGAUUACACUUUAUUCUGAAGAGUUUCACACAUUAUUUAUUCCCUAAUCUCUUACAUACAAUCACUACCAAAUGUUUAGUGUGGGUUUUAGGAUCCAUAUUAUCACAUUUUACGGUCAAUGUUAUGUUGCUUGAUUGUAAGUCAAAAGACCUACGGCAGGACCCAAAGAAAGAAGCUUUGGCUUGAAAGCCUUGCACAUAUCAGCGCAGCACAUAUUGUAUCAAACUCAUGUUCUCCUUAGAGCCAGUGAAAAUUUAGGAUUUAAUCAUCCGAUGGGCUGCUGCUUCACGAUUCCUUGUCCUGAAGAAACUUUUCUCAUUGUAGCUUCUCACGAAGCCAUUAGUAAUUUCUCUGUUUUUAUCCCAAAACUGAACAAAUUGCAUGCGUUCAGAGUUUGUUGAAUCUCUGGUCUGUUCCACUAUUCCCACUUAAAAUGAUCUGUUAUUGGUUUUGUAUUUUAAAAAAAAAAUGGAGGUAGACUUGCUGAAGGGAAAUGAAAAGGACAGGCAUUACUCCUAAAUUAGGAGUCCUAAUGACAUUAACUAUGUUCACUGUAAUUGAGACAUUAAAUGUCUGAUUUGAAAACUCAGAUACUUGAUUGAUCAUGGCACACCAACGACUAUCGUAAGCUGAGGCCAUCAUGAUCUUUUUCUCAUAAGAGAGAUUAAUUCUCAGUCAAUAUAAUUAAGUGUAACUAGAGAGAAAGCAUAUUUGUCUCUUUUUCUUUGAUCAAAAAGCAUAUUUGUUGCUUUUCAAAAAAAAAAAAAACAUAUUUGUCUCGAAACAACAAAUAGACAAGAUAUUACAGAUCCAAUAAACAAAAGAAAAAAAAACGAACCGACCGGAUUAAACCGAAACUGAACUAAAUCAAGCGAACCAUGCACGAUUUGGUUCGGUUCAGUAUGAAUGCCCUAGGCUCUCGAACUAUUAGAGAUUGGCUACGAUGAUUUGCGUUCACCUUUCUCUCUCGCCUUCUGAUCAUGAAUUCAAUCCCUCCUGAUCUUUCUUACGAAAUAUUCUCUAGAUUGUCUACCAAGACAAUAGCAAGGUGUCGUUGUGUGUCGAAGCUAUGGAGAUCCAUACUACGCAGUGCAGAUUUUACCGAGUUGUUCUUAACCAAGUCGUCGGCUCGACCGAGUCUCUUAUUUGCCCUGAAACGAGCUACAAAUGAGUUUCACUUCUAUUCUUCGCCUCAGAUUCAUAUUCAAAACGAGAAGUCGUCUUUAGCCGCCUAUUGUCAUAACUCUGGAUAUUUGGGUGGGGAGAUAGGCUUGAAUCGUACGCAUGAGUUGCAUAUAUGGGUUCUAGAGGAUGUCGUGAAACAUGAUUGGUCCGAAUAUGCCUACACUCUGCCUGAUGAUAAAUUUGGCUACACUGGCCGUCGUGUUUCAUUCGUUAGCGUAGCUGGAGUGACUGCCACAGGGGAAAUUGUUUUGUAUUGCGACUUUGGAGCUAUUUUCUACUUCCAUCCCGAAAGGAACACUAUCCAACGUGUUCAACUCCAAGGUUUUGAGAAUCAUGAUAGAGUUUACGCCUUUGUAAAUCAUGUAGAUGAUCUUACGCUUAAUAUUAAACCUCACCGGGUGCAACAAGAUCUUCUUACAUUUGAUAUGAACUAUCACCAGCAACAUGUUCCUAGUUUGAAAAGAUUAACAAAUUUGCUGCUCUGAGUCUUCUAGAGGAUGAAUGAAUUUUCAGACCCUGUCGAAGCUGAUUGCGAGGAUAAUGUUUAUCAUGUCAGAGUCUAGCUAUUUUGGCUGCGAGUGUAGCUUCGUAUUUAAGGUUUCAUCAGUUUCACGUGAACUUUGUUUUUUGCUUUUUUUUUUUUCUGGUUAUAAUAAAACUAUUUUCUCUC